GCUGGCCAAAUGAAGCAGCUUCUAAACACCACUUUGUUGUUAAUUGAAAAAGCCCAGCUGAGCCAGCUCUUGGAGAAGACAUUGCAAGAAAAAAAACUGUUGCAAGUGGAGAAAAAUGAGCUGAACAUUCUUCUAAAUUCAACACUGCAAAGUUGUAAUCUUGUGGAGAUGGAGAACAUACUACUGAAGGUGACAGUGAACCAAUCACUGCAUAACAACACAGUGGCAUCCGCAGAUAAUGAACGCUUGCAACUUCUGUUAACCAGCGAACAGCAAACUAGUGCACAGCUGGAAACAGUAAAUCAGCGACAGGAUUCAAUCUUAUUCUCCAAGAAACUGACCUUCGUCUGGAUGUUCUGCAACAAUGACACCCUGCAGUGUUUGCGAUGCCUGCCUGGCUGGACAGAACAUGCUUCUCGCUGCUUCCUUUUGUCAACAGUGGCAAAGCAGUGGGAAGAUGCUCGCUGGGACUGUUUCAGCAUGGGGGGUGACUUGGCUGUUGUUUUGAACGCCGAAGACCAGGCAUUCUUGACCAACAUGACUUUUCAGUACACGCAGCAGCACCCUGGGGAAGUCUUCCACUCAGCCUGGAUCGGGUUGCAGGACAUGGUGAAAGAGGGCACCCACUACUGGGUCAACGGCAACAGAAUUCAGUCAGAUCUCACAUACUGGAGGCCUUCAGAGCCAAACAACGCCAUUGCCUCCUGGGCCUCUGACAUGGCAGGGCAGGACUGCGUUGCCAUUGUACCGCCGAAUGAAGUUGGUGUCGGGGAUUGGUUAAACUCCUGGGAUGAUAUUGUUUGUCUCGGAGCACGACACUACAUAUGCGAGACAAUGGCUCUCAUUGUGUCCUGAC